AGAAAUAUUCCUUUCAUAAACUUGAUUUGAAUGAAUUGUGCAGCAGUUUGCAGCCCCACUGAAGUAAAACUAAGUAAAUGAAUCCAUAUUAUAGAUUAUUUUUAUCAGCUUUGUUACUUGGCUGUAGGCAAGACUCUGUUCUACUUUGUGGAGGGAGAUGAAAAGCAGGUAUUUUCUUGAAAUCCAUCCAGAACUCAUAGAAGUGCAAUACUUGUUACAGCACAAUUUAUAAAUCACAGUGCUUGUCACUUUGAAAUGGUUUUCUUGUUCAAUUUCACAUCUUUUCCAGAGUUCAAAAUUUCUUUGGCCUUUUGUCUGGUUUGCAAAAUGGGGAAGAUAGUUACGAAGUAGAAAAAAAUACAUUGCUUUUAUUUUAAAGAUGGGUUAGAGAACAAGCUUAUUUGUGUCCAAUCUAUAUGACGUCCUAUUUUCCCCUUUCAUGACAAGGAAGCAGAAUUGUAUCAGCCAUUGGCAUUUCUCCAGCUAAAAAACAAUAAAUGAAUAAUGCAAAGCAUCAGUGGAUACGAGCACUGCAUCCUGAAGUUUAGUGUGCUGUUGGAUGUUUUUUUCGGCUGAACCUUUUCUUCCUGUUUAUUCAUUAUUUCCAGUGAUAAAGUAAGAAGGAGAGAUGGGAAACCCAGAAAACAUUGGAGAUGCAUAUGUUGCUGUGAUUCGUCCAAAAAAUACUGCUAGCCUCAAUUCUCGGGAAUAUCGAGCUAAAUCCUAUGAAAUUUUGCUCCUUGAAGUUCCCAUUGAAGGCCAAAAGAAAAAAAGAAGGAAAGUUUUGCUAGAAACUAAACUUCAAGGAGGCACUGAGAUAACCCAGAGCAUUUUGGAUUAUGUAUUGGAAGCCACCAAACCAAUUUCACCAGCCAAUCAGGGUAUUAAAGGAAAGCGUGUGGUGUUAAUGAAGAAGUUUCCUCUAGAUGGAGAAAAAGCAGGCCAGGAGGCAUCUCUUUACAUUGUUCCAACUGUUGUGAAAGAUAAUACGAAAUAUACAUACAGUCCUGGAUGCCCUGUGUUCUACUGUUUACAAGACAUCAUGAGAGUCUGCAGUGAAUCCAGCACACACUUUGCUACACUUACUGCAAAAAUGUUAAUUGCCUUGGAUAAGUGGUUGGAUGAACGGCACACCCAGUCUCACUCCAUCCCAGCUUUAUUCAGACCAUCUCCUCUUGAAAGAAUUAAAACAAAUGUAAUAAACCCUGCCUAUGCUAUAGAACCUGGUCAGACAGAGAGCUCAUUGCACAUGGGUUAUACUGCCCUGGAAAUAAAGAGUAAAAUGCUGGCAUUGGAGAAAGCAGAUAUGUGUAUCUAUAAUCCUUUGUUUGGAUCUGACCUUCAGUAUACCAAUAGGGUUGACAAGGUGGUAAUAAAUCCAUACUUUGGCCUUGGAGCCCCAGACUAUUCAAAGAUUCAGAUUCCUAAAAGAGAAAAGUGGCAACGUAGCAUGAGCAGUGUCACAGAGGACAAGGAACACCAGUGGGUAGAUGAUUUCCCUCUUCACCGCAGUGCUUGUGAAGGAGACUCUGAUUUACUAAGCCACCUUCUGGAUAAAAAGUUUUCUGUUAAUCAGCUGGAUAGUGACCACUGGGCACCAAUCCAUUAUGCAUGCUGGUAUGGAAAAGUUGAAGCCACUCGAAUGCUGUUGGAGAAAGGGAAAUGCAAUCCAAAUCUUUUGAAUGGUCAACUCAGCUCUCCUCUUCAUUUUGCUGCUGGAGGUGGGCAUGCUGAAAUAGUACAAAUUCUACUAAAUCAUCCCGAAAUUGACAGACACAUUACUGAUCAACAAGGAAGGUCUCCGCUGAAUGUCUGUGAAGAGAACAAACAAAAUGAGUGGGAAGAAGCUGCAAAACUACUGAAGGAAGCCAUAAAUAAACCUUAUGAGAAGGCACGGAUUUAUCGUAUGGAUGGGUCAUAUCGCUCUGUGGAGCUGAAACACGGAAACAACACAACUGUCCAGCAGAUCAUGGAGGGCAUGCGCCUGUCUCAAGAAACUCAGCAGUACUUCACUAUCUGGAUCUGUUCUGAGAACCUCAGUCUCCAGCUGAAGCCAUAUCACAAGCCUUUGCAGCAUAUUCGAGACUGGCCUGAAAUAUUCACUGAACUGACAAACUUGGAUCCUCAAAGGGAAACUUCACAGCUUUUCCUGAGAAGGGAUGUGAGACUUCCACUGGAAAUAGAAAAAAAGAUUGAGGAUCCCUUGGCUAUUCUUAUACUUUUUGAUGAGGCCAGAUAUAAUUUACUGAAAGGUUUUUAUACAUCACCUGAUGCAAAGCUGAUUACACUGGCAAGUCUGCUUCUACAAAUAGUCUAUGGAAAUUAUGAGAGCAAGAAACAUAAACAGGGCUUUCUAAAUGAAGAAAAUCUUAAAUCUAUCGUUCCAAUAACUAAACUAAAAAGCAAAGCUCCUCAUUGGACAAACAGGAUACUUCAUGAAUACAAGAAUCUUAGCACCAGUGAAGGUGUCAGUAAGGAGAUGCAUCACCUUCAGCGCAUGUUCUUGCAGAAUUGCUGGGAAAUUCCUACUUAUGGAGCAGCUUUUUUCACAGGACAGAUAUUCACCAAAGCAAGUUCAAGUAGCCAUAAAGUCAUCAAAGUGUACGUAGGAGUAAACGUAAAAGGGCUGCACCUCCUCAACAUGGAAACAAAGGCUUUACUCCUCAGCCUAAAGUACGGUUGCUUUAUGUGGCAGUUGGGAGAUGGAGAUACGUGUUUUCAAAUCCACAGUCUGGAGAACAAAAUGAGCUUUAUUGUACAUACCAAACAGGCAGGACUCGUUGUAAAACUCCUGAUGAAAUUAAAUGGCCAGCUAAUGCCAGCUGAAAGAAACGAGUGAUGGAAAUGAACAGUAAUUAUGAGAUGGCAUCUGAUGGCUGAGCAAAAAACAACUUGUUCCUCCUCGUAACAGGACUUCCAUGUAUAUGAAUUUUACACAAUAGAAAAGUCAAUUUGUACAGUUUUUUAACUUUGUACAGAAGCUGCAUGGUUUAUUUUUUUAAAAAAACUAUACAACAUAUCUAUUAUUUUUAUAAGUAUUUUUGUGUUUCAUAUAUUAACUAUUGUAGGGCUUGAGCUUAACCAGUAAAGCUGAUGAAAUCUAGAUGGUUUACCGAGUUCGACGAGCAUGGAUCCAGUAAAGCUGUUGUUCCCAGAGAAAUAUGGGACUACCAGUGCCAUUAAGCAAGUCUCAGUUAACCUAUUUACCUUUUGUGUCAUUGUGUGGAACAUCAAGGAGGUGGUAUAUGUUGCAGUAUUUUGUAGACACCCUCUAUUUUUAAGAUACUGUUGAUAAAUAUGCUUAAAAGACCAGUUAGACCUUUGAGCAACUACUUUUGAUAAACUCUUGUUUUUUAUUUGGUUUCUGACAUUUUAGCUUGCUUUAUUUAUACUCUCAACUUUCUCAUACUUUGUAUUCAUAUUUAUUCUAAAAUACUGCAUGAGGAUGCCAAAAGGGAAAUACUUUUAAUCAUUCAGAAGCCAUAUUGAAUGUUUAGCAUGCUUGUUUUGUAAAAUGGAUUUUUACUUUUGCUGUGCAAUAUAAAAUGUAUGUAUGGAGGAGAGGGAGACAGGGAUUUACAGAUGAAUCUUACUCAGAGGACUUCAGAAAGUUUUAUAAAUCCUACCCUGGAUUGCAACACAUAUGCAGUAACAAAAGCUUAUACAGGAGGUACUAAGUUAUUUCUCUUAAAUUAAUUUUCUUACUAAUUAAUUCAGUUUCUUCAGCUAAAGGCAGUGCAGGAUGCAGGAAUGAAGAUGACAAGGAAGUCAGAACAGUUUGUAAGCAUUCUGCCUGCUCUUUGUAGAGUCAGGGUUGGGGCUCCACAAGUUGGGUCCCAAGUGUUAGGUGGGAUUCUAUGCAGUCUGAAACAUAUCCUUGUACGUUAAAAUAGAAUCUAUAACACAGAUCUUUGACGUUUCUGGUUGUAUUUCAGGGUUUUAAGUGCACUUGACUAUUUCUUCCGUGUAAACUGCAUGCUAAAAACAGUGUGCAAUAUUUUGUAAAAAAAAAGCUUUUUUAAAAAAUAAAAAUUAGCACUUGCCUCUAAGUUUUCAAAUAAAAGCUAAAAUGAAUGUGAAGAACUGUGCUGUUGUAUAGUAACUUUACUCAUACCUUACUAGUAACUGCAGUUUAAGAAAUUAAAGUAGUAAGCUGUUAAAAACAUGAACAGGAGACUUGUAUUUUGUAUUCUUCUUAGCAAACUGUAAUUUUCUACUUAAACUUCACAGGCUUAAAUAACAGUAAAUUUUCAUGGAUUGUUAUGCUUUAUUUAAGGUAAAUAAUGCAACAGUCAGGUCCUUCAUCGUGCAUCCCUGCUAUCACUUGGCACUGGUAUCAGAAAUACAUUUCUCUACAUAGCACUUUCUUAGAAAACUAGAGGAAAAUGUUAGGAAGGUGUGUCAGUUGCCUAUAUAACUAUACUAUCAAUAUGCCUUAUUGCUGUAUAGUCCUUUCUGCUAAAUUCUUAUUUAUUACUACCUAAUAAAUCGUUUGCAACAAGUCA